CAGUCCGACGGACAGCUUUGAAGUGAACGGUUCGCGAGUUCCUGGGCAGAAAAGACGGAGAAUCAGAGUGCAGCAACCGUUUGCGAAUUCGUGCUGUUCUACCUACCAAACCCAGACCAAAACCCAAAUUAAAAGAGGCCGACAAGUUGACAAAACCAUAUAUAUAUAUACAUAUAUAUAGGAACCGUGAAUUUUGCUGGAGCAAGCGAUUACCCACAUUUUGUUGCCGCCAGGACCACGAGGAUAGGCGCAGGGCGCUCCUUCGAAACUUUCGCUAUUAAAAAAUAAAUUCGAGUCCUAGGUGGGAUCACCAUGUUCAUUCCGGCCGCACAGUCCGCUUAUAAGACGCUGCGCAAGACGCAGCCGCGUGUCCGGCUCAACUUGCUCUUCAAGAAUGGCUACUCCAGCAAGGUUGAAUACAAGCCCAUUCGGUCGGUGCUGGUGGCCAAUCGCGGUGAGAUUGCCAUUCGUGUAUUCCGUGCCUGCACAGAGCUGGGCAUCAAGUCUGUUGCCGUCUACUCGGAGCAGGACAAGAUGCACAUGCACCGACAGAAGGCCGACGAGUCGUACAUCGUAGGCAAGGGUCUGCCACCAGUGGAGGCCUACCUUAACAUUCCAGAGCUGAUCCGGGUGUGCAAGGAGAACGACGUGGAUGCCGUGCAUCCUGGCUAUGGAUUCCUCUCGGAGCGCAGUGAUUUCGCCCAGGCGGUGAUCGAUGCUGGAUUGCGUUUUAUUGGUCCCUCCCCUGAUGUCGUCCAGAAGAUGGGUGACAAGGUGGCGGCCCGUAAGGCGGCUAUUGACGCGGGUGUGCCCAUUGUCCCUGGUACCGAUGGCCCAGUGACUACUAAGGAAGAGGCCCUGGAAUUCUGCAAGAAGCACGGCCUGCCCGUAAUCUUCAAAGCCGCUUACGGAGGCGGCGGACGUGGUAUGCGUGUGGUCCGUAAAAUGGAGGAUGUUGAGGAGAGCUUCCAGCGGGCGAGUUCCGAGGCAAAGGCUGCCUUCGGCAAUGGAGCCAUGUUCAUUGAGAAGUUCAUCGAGCGACCACGUCACAUUGAGGUCCAAUUGCUGGGAGAUAAGGCUGGAAAUGUGGUGCAUCUGUAUGAGCGUGACUGUUCUGUGCAGCGUCGUCACCAGAAGGUGGUGGAGAUUGCGCCAGCUCCGCGCCUGCCCAUUGAGAUCCGGGACAAGAUGACCGAAGCGGCCGUGCGAUUGGCAUGCCAUGUGGGCUACGAAAACGCCGGCACUGUGGAGUUCUUGUGCGACGAAUCCGGAAACUUCUACUUCAUCGAAGUUAACGCCCGUCUGCAGGUGGAGCACACGGUAACUGAAGAGAUUACUGGCAUCGAUCUUGUGCAGUCCCAGAUCCGCAUCGCCGAGGGCAUGACCCUUCCUGAAUUGGGCUACACGCAGGACAAGAUCGUGCCUCGUGGCUAUGCUAUCCAGUGCCGUGUUACCACUGAGGAUCCCGCCAACGACUUCCAACCCAACACAGGACGCCUGGAGGUCUUCCGCUCCGGUGAGGGUAUGGGCAUUCGUCUGGACAGUGCUUCAGCCUACGCUGGUGCCAUCAUUUCGCCGUACUACGAUUCCUUGCUGGUCAAGGUGAUCUCGCACGCCAGCGAUCUACAGAGCUCCGCCUCUAAGAUGAACCGUGCUUUGAGGGAGUUCCGAAUCCGUGGCGUCAAGACCAACAUCCCGUUCCUGCUCAACGUGCUGGAAAACCAAAAGUUCCUGCACGGCGUUCUAGACACCUACUUCAUUGACGAACACCCACAGCUUUUCAAGUUCAAACCCUCUCUAAAUCGUGCCCAGAAGCUGCUCAACUAUAUGGGCGAGGUUCUGGUAAAUGGACCUCAGACCCCGUUGGCCACAACUCUAAAACCCGCCGUAGUAUCUCCUCAUGUUCCUGAGAUUCCGCUGGAUCUGUCUCAGGAAGCCCUAGAGCGUGAAGAACGUGGCGAGGCCAAAGUUACGGAACCACCGAAGGGAUUGCGCGAUAUUCUGGUUUCCGGAGGUCCCGAGGCCUUCGCCAAAGAGGUGCGCUGCCGUAAGGAACUUCUGCUCAUGGACACCACCUUCCGUGAUGCUCACCAGUCUCUGCUGGCAACCCGCGUUCGUUCCCACGAUCUGCUGAAAAUCUCACCCUUCGUGGCCCACAAGUUCAACAAUCUGUACUCGUUGGAGAACUGGGGCGGAGCCACUUUCGAUGUGGCGCUGCGAUUCUUGCACGAGUGCCCGUGGGAGAGGCUGGAGGAGAUGCGUAAGCGCAUCCCGAACAUUCCCUUCCAGAUGUUGUUGCGCGGAGCCAACGCCGUCGGCUACACCAGCUAUCCGGAUAAUGUGGUAUACAAAUUCUGCGAGCUUGCUGUACAGACUGGCAUGGACAUCUUCCGGGUGUUCGACUCGCUCAACUACCUGCCCAACCUGAUCCUCGGCAUGGACGCUGCUGGUAAGGCAGGCGGCGUGGUGGAAGCGGCUAUCUCCUAUACUGGAGAUGUCAGCGACCCCAAGCGCACAAAGUAUGACCUAAAAUACUACACCAACUUGGCCGACGAGCUGGUAAAGGCGGGUACCCACGUCCUCUGCAUUAAGGACAUGGCGGGACUUCUUAAGCCUGAAUCAGCCAGACUUCUCAUCACCGCCAUUCGGGACAAGCACCCUGAUAUCCCAAUCCACAUCCACACCCACGAUACCUCUGGAGCAGGAGUCGCCUCCAUGCUGGCCUGCGCCAAUGCCGGAGCCGAUGUGGUUGACGUAGCCGUUGACUCGAUGAGUGGCAUGACCUCCCAGCCCAGCAUGGGUGCCAUAGUGGCUUCCCUCCAGGGUACCCCAUUGGACACGAACGUGGACUUGCGCACGGUGUCGGAAUACUCCGCCUACUGGGAACAAGCCCGUACCCUUUACGCUCCCUUCGAAUGUACGACGACGAUGCGCUCAGGCAAUGCCGAUGUCUACCUAAACGAGAUCCCCGGCGGCCAGUACACGAAUCUGCAGUUCCAGGCCUUCUCUUUAGGUCUAGGAGACUUCUUCGAGGACGUGAAGAAGGCCUACCGGGAGGCCAACCUGCUCUUGGGCGACAUCAUCAAGGUGACGCCCUCGUCAAAGGUGGUCGGAGAUCUCGCUCAAUUUAUGGUUCAGAAUAACCUGACCGCCGACCAAGUGUUGGAGAAGGCGGAGGAGCUGUCGUUCCCCAAAUCUGUGGUGGAGUACCUGCAAGGUUCUAUUGGUAUCCCGCACGGCGGAUUCCCCGAGCCCCUGCGCUCGCGCGUCCUUAAGGAUAUGCCUCGCAUUGAGGGACGUCCUGGCGCCGAGCUGAAGGACUUGGAUUUCGAUAAGCUGAAGAAGGAACUGAAGGAAUCUCACUCCUGCAUCACUAACCGGGAUGUCAUGUCAGCCGCCCUCUAUCCACAGGUGACAAAUGAUUACCUGAACUUCCGCGAUAAGUACGGACCCGUCGACAAAUUGGACACCCGCAUAUUCCUCACCGGACCCAAUGUGGGAGAGGAGUUCGAGGUGCCCUUGGAGCGCGGAAAGACGCUGAGCGUGAAGGCCCUGGCUGUGUCCGCCGAUCUCAAGCCCAACGGUAUCCGUGAAGUCUUCUUUGAAUUGAAUGGCCAGCUACGUGCGGUCCACAUCUUGGACAAGGAAGCCGUUAAGGAAAUCCACGUCCAUCCCAAGGCCAACAAGUCGAACAAGAGCGAGGUCGGAGCCCCCAUGCCCGGAACCGUUAUCGAUAUCCGCGUGCAAGUUGGCGACAAGGUCGAGAAGGGUCAGCCUCUGGUCGUGCUUUCGGCCAUGAAGAUGGAGAUGGUGGUGCAGUCGCCAUUGGCUGGUGUUGUCAAGAAGCUGGAGAUCGCCAACGGAACGAAGCUCGAGGGCGAGGACCUCAUUAUGAUUAUCGAAUAGAGUCAGAGCCCCGAAAGACGUGACCCGAGUCACAAUGUCCAAUGUCCAAGCUGCCACCGCACACCCAUUCUAAAAUUAAGUCAAAACAGUGAUAAUCUUAGGGAUCCUGUCAGUUUGAUAAACCAUAAAGUGUCCAAUCGCCUGCGUCUAUUUUGAUAUGCAUCUGAUGAACCGUAUGGGUUCUUUCAGAUAUGUUUCCGCAUUUCCAGGAUAAUUCGACCAACCUCAAUAAAAUAUUCUAGCUUACCCUGCCAAAAUUGAUCGGAUUGGAAACGGAUUUUAUAUGUACGUGCCCGAGUAUAUUUGUAAAUUUAUUGUAGAGCCUUUCCUCAACUCAUUUGAAUCAAAUUUGUACGAUUUUGGAAUUUUUAAAUUCGCAAACACCCCUGUCGAGAUUUCCCUCCUCCAGUAAAUACGUAAGUGGUUAUAAAUGUUAUAUUAACUAUUGUCUAAUAGACGUUAUACAAAAUAAAAUGCAUUGUGUUUUCCAUAA